AUGCUAGAAGGGGCAGCUGAUCUUGCCGCAUACCAACACCAUAUUGACAAUGCUUUUGGCCCUAACGCCGACGUGGAUAAGAUUCGUCACGUAAUCCAGUCCUUGCAUGGGCAGAAGAGACUUGGUGUCGAAGACAUGCUUGGGCCGGACGAGGGUCACUCUGCCGAUGCAUCAUUCGAAACCAAUUCCAUUCGGCUACAGGCGUCGUUCUACGAUUCCAAGACCCCCCAAGAUCGAGCAGGGACCUUGAUCCACGAGGCUGUUCACGCCCUGCACUCAAGCGCUCAUGACUCCUUCACGAAGGACGGCCAUUACAAAGCGACUCCGAGCAGCGACAUUCCUAUGGGAGAGUCCUCAAAUUUUUAUGAUGGGCUGAAAGGUGGAGCAAACUCUGAGCAGCAACUGCUAGAUCAUACUGGUCGAGACUUUGAGACGUUGAAGAAGCAUUCGAAAAACAUGCACCUAAACCCCGACUCCUACAAGUUGCUGGCUCAUACGAUGUUCUAUGGCUUCAUGAGAACGAAUCAACAGCGCCAGGAAGGUGUCCCCCAUAAAGUGCCCCUGAAGGCGGAUUACGAGUUUUAUAGAUCCGGGAAGCACCUAAAGGAACACAAAAAGCUCUCUGGACCGGAAUGGGUGCCAACCCCCCAAGGUCAGCCAGGCCAACACGUCUAUUAUUCCCCCGCUACGCAGCGUUACGAUGGGCCUUACCAGAUCUCCGACAUCCCACCUCCCCUUGACCAUCAGCCCCCUCAUCCCAUCGACCUUGCAGAAAAGCCCCACGCGUUCUCCGGGCUGUCACGGAUAUUACCCAAGAAACCGACGACCUUCGGUUUCGCUGGGUUCCAUAAGAAGACAGGGCCAUCCCCGAAUAUCGGUUCCGUCUCAUCGAGCUCAGCAGCUGGGAGGACAGGAGGCACUUCUUUCUUAAAGUACAUGGGCCACUUGAGGAAAGACUCGACAGCACUCCGCAGUGGCGAUAGGUCGAGGGCGACUGCAGCGAAGAACAACAAUUACCAGCUAUCAGCGGGAAAAGCCAAGUCCGGGACGGCUCGCUCGAACGAAGCGGGCAGUCGAAAAUAUGCCGGUCCUUCAGGGAGACAUGGUCGAACUGGUAAGAAGGCCCUCAAGUCGACGACGACGAUGGGGAAGGCUCGGGAGUCCAGAGCGCGCCACAUGCCAGGAGCUACUUCUCGAGAUGGCGGAAAGAGAGGCACGCAAACCCCUCUGUCUCAUACCGGCGCUGCCUCGUCUACUAGUCAUGCUAUCCACAAGGGAACUCGCAUCCAUGCUUCUGCCGUGGGUAGGACUGUUGCCCAGACGAUGUCAAAAACGAAACAUUCGGUGAUCAAGAGACCUACGAAGCUCAGCGUGGCUCAUACGACGCGGAAAGCCCAGCGCGGGUCUUAUUCAGAGGCAGCGACGAGUGGCAGCUCCGCUGGGAGAAGCAAGACGGUCCCGCGUCAGUCAAGGACGCACCAUACCGCCGGUGUCUCAAAGGGAAAUGCGCCACACGCCGAUCGCACUAGGACGCACGUGGCACACGUGGAGGUAUCGCCGGGCCGGAAAUCAGCCACCAGUGCUCGCCGCUUGACGAAAGUAGCUCAACGCACGUCGAAGAACAGCCACCAGUCUAGGGCGGGUAAAGCCUCCCACCCCGCAGUCGUUGGGCAUAGCAAGAGUCGCACUGCCACGGGUACUGUAUCGUCCCGCCACGGUGCCGCGAAGCCGCCUCCUUCACUGGUGCCCGGCAUGUCGACUCGUCCAAGCUCGAGUAUGAAAGUUGAAAAGCGUCCAAGAAGCACUGAGGGACUUGCCUAG